GCCAUUUCACCGUUAAAGAUCCGAUUCCUAUGCCCGUAUUAUUCAUUCAUGAUUCUCUUCUUUCUCCCCGGAUUUCUUGACCCGAUGUAAUUUAUUGACUUGUUUUGCUGGUUUAAAUAGGUUGUUUUCAACAGAGGUUCUGUGAGAUUCUCAUUUUGCUUUUAGUUUAGUCCAAUGGCUUCAGUUAGCAUAGCGCCUUCUUCUGGCGUAAGAGAACAUAGUGGAAAUACAGUUGGUGUUGAUAGAUUGCCUGAUGAAAUGAAUGGUAUGAAAAUUAGGGAUGACAAGGAAAUGGAAGCAAUCGUUGUUGAUGGGAAUGGAACUGAAACAGGGCAUAUAAUUGUCACCACUAUUGGUGGUAAAAAUGGCCAGCCGAAGCAGACAAUAAGCUAUAUGGCUGAGCGUGUUGUUGGGAAUGGAUCAUUUGGGGUUGUCUUCCAGGCUAAAUGUUUAGAGACGGGCGAAACUGUUGCUAUAAAGAAGGUUCUUCAAGACAAGAGAUACAAGAACCGUGAAUUGCAAACCAUGCGCCUCCUGGACCACCCUAAUAUUGUCUCUUUGAAGCAUUGUUUCUUUUCCACAACUGAAAAAGAUGAGCUCUAUCUUAACCUGGUGCUCGAGUAUGUUCCAGAAACUCUCCACCGUGUUAUCAAACAUUAUAAUAAGAUGAAUCAAAGGAUGUCACUGAUAUAUGUUAAACUCUAUUUUUACCAGAUUUGCAGAGCGCUUGUUUACAUUCAUAACAGUAUUGGUGUGUGCCACAGAGACAUAAAGCCUCAAAACUUAUUGGUCAACCCACACACCCACCAGCUAAAACUGUGUGAUUUUGGGAGUGCAAAAGCUUUGGUAAAAGGGGAACCAAAUAUAUCUUACAUCUGUUCUCGUUACUAUCGAGCUCCUGAAUUGAUAUUUGGUGCAACUGAAUACACCACAGCCAUUGACAUCUGGUCUGCUGGCUGUGUUUUGGCUGAGCUAUUGCUUGGACAGCCUCUGUUUCCCGGUGAGAGUGGAGUAGACCAGCUUGUUGAAAUUAUUAAGGUUCUAGGUACCCCAACAAGAGAAGAAAUAAAGUGCAUGAAUCCUAACUACACGGAGUUCAAAUUUCCCCAAAUUAAAGCUCACCCAUGGCACAAGAUAUUCCAUAACCGCAUGCCUCCAGAAGCUGUGGAUCUUGUUUCUCGAUUAUUGCAGUACUCUCCUAACCUUCGUAGCACAGCUAUGGAGGCUUUGAUCCAUCCUUUCUUUGAUGAGCUACGUGAUCCUAACACCCGCCUACCCAAUGGACGUUUUCUUCCUCCCCUAUUCAACUUCAAGCCUCAUGAACUCAAGGGAGUGCCCUUGGAUAUGCUAGUGAAGCUGAUCCCUGAGCACGCGAGGAAGCAAUGUGCUUUUCUUGGAUUGUGAGGCAAGUUGUUUCUUCUUGAUGUCUGCAUCUUGCAGAAAUGGCGGUCUAACUCUAGUGGUGUAUUACAGAUAAUAUCGUAUGGGAGCCGAGUUAAUUGCACUUUUCACCCUCAUUGUUUAUUUGGUCUCUCAUUAUUUUUUUACCAACAUGUGUUCUUUUGUUUUACAUUUUCUUUUUGUAGAAAGGAGACUUGAGUUUGUCUGCUAUUAUAAUUCAAAAUGUUGUCAAUACUAUUCUAAGCGUUACCUA